GAAUGAGUGUUGAAUAAAUAAAAAGUAAAAUAAAUUCAAUCAAGCAGCGAACAACUUUAAUUUUAAUCUACAGAUGCAAAUUAAGUUAUACGCGCUACUAAUAAACACGCAUAGCAACUCAUCACUCGCCAUUACAAAAAAAAAAUCGUUCAACUUAUAACAAUCGUCCUCAGCGCAGCUUGUUAGUUUGCGGAGCCAGCCCGAUAACCAUAAGCAAAACGCGUGAGAGCUUAUCAAUCGCGGCCACAGUAACGCCUGCAACAACUACACAAAGAAGCCACACAUCAAAGCUGUCAAAGCGUGUUGAGCUAGCUAUCAGCUGCUCAUCAGCAUAUCAGUCGUUGCGGAAGCUUACGCCAGAGCAGUUCUAACAAAAUCUGUCCCGAAAGGCAAAGUAAUCGAUCAGCAGUGCGGGUAACAGUGAGACAUAAAAAUUGUAACACAGCAGAAGAAAAAACACAAACAAGAACAAUUUGCGUUUAGAAGCCAAUCAGUCGCUUUGCUUGACAGUCAAACCGGCGUACGCCUUUGUAGCGCAAGCAAACACACACAUCGUUGUAAGCGUGCGCGCACAACAACCAACCACCACCACAACUCAACCUCCAAUUGUACCGUGGCAAGCGCUGCAGAUAGAGGCGUGCUCACUCGCACCCACGGCAUUUAGGGCAAGCAUUUUGUGUUCGGCUGUACUUUGCAGUGCGUGAGUACGCGAGAGAGCGAGUGUGUAGAGUGUAGUGUAGGAAGAGGCAGGUAUCUGCUUGGCAGCUCGUUUGACAGGCUUAACAGUUCAAUCCAAUCUGUGUGUUUGACUGACUGCGACUGUCGCUCAACGCUUGCUGAAGUCGUCAUCGUCAUCGUCGUUUGCUGGAGUUGUCGCUUCGCUGGGGCGAUAAGCAACUGUGAUUAGUUAAUUUACUCGUUGCGUUCGCCGUGAACAGACGUGUGCGUCGCCGUCGUGUGUAACAGUAGUCGAAAGCAAGCAAAUAAGUAAAGAAGAAGUAGAAAAACGAAAUAAACGUGUUUACAACGUCGAACAAGAAACAAGUGUUUUUUCGAGUUGAAACAAAUUGAAACUUAGUGAACGCCUACAUUUUUGCGUUAUUCCAAGAGCAAACAAAAAAAUAACACGAAUAUUUCAAAUGAUAAGUGACAAGUGUUUACAAAAUUAAAACACAUUACAAACAAAUUUUUAAAUUAAAAACAAAAAUUUAUAAAAUAUAAUUAUAAAUAAAUGAAUAAUCUCAUGCAAGUGUAAAAUUUUUUCAAAAAUUAUAAAAGUGAAAAUUUUCAAAAAAAAUUUUGAACUCAGCGUUUCCGCAACGCCACUAACUCGCCACCAAAAUUGCCACGCCGCUACAAAUGGCCCUUGAGGAUCGCUGCAGUCCGCAAUCUGCUCCAAGUCCACCCGGCCUACCGCAAUCACCACACCAGCCGCGUCUCAGCCAACCGCAAACACACCUACUGCAAUAUAGUCCCACAGCCGUCACCACAACCGUUUUGGACAUGAGUCUGCAUGCACAUCCGCCACCGCCACCACCACCACACGUUGCAGCCGCCACUAACGCGCCCGCAAUGUUGCCACAUCCUGUGAGUGCGGCCAGCAAUGCCGCCGCGGCGGCCACGCUUUAUCAUCAACAUCAGCAAUUGCAGCAUUUGCAUCAUCUACAACAAUUACAACAACUACAUCAACAACAAUUGGUGAAUGCCGCCGCUUUCCAUCAUCAUCCCGGUUUCGAUGCGGCCACCGCUUUGGCGGCGGCUAAUCAUGCCCACGCCACAUUACAACAGCGUUUGGCGGCCUCACCAGGCGCCACCUCUACACCUUCGUCUACACCCGCUUCAACUAUGACCAUUAAAGAGGAGGAGAGCGACUCGAUUAUGGGUGAUAGUUUCCAUGGUGAUGUGCUUAAUGGCAGCGCACAAUUGCGUGGCAACACCACAGAGGAUGAUGAUGCGGAGGAUGAGGCGGAAGAUGAGGACGACGAUAUCGAUGUGGACGAUGUGGAUGAUGCGACACCGAAUAGCGCCACACAGCAGCGUACACCACCACCCGCGCAUCAACAAUCCGCCAAGCCCGCACUCGCCUUUUCGAUCUCGAACAUAUUGAGCGAUAGCUUUGGUGGCAAUGAGACGGCCGGUCGCAAUGCCAAUGAAUCGGUUGGCGCCAACUCAGCCUCCAAACAGACGCAUUUGCAUACGAAUAGCAUUUUCCGACCUUUCGAUGCAGCGCGCUCCGCCACACCAUCUGCCUUCACCCGUGUCGAUCUGCUCGAGUUCAGUCGACAACAACAGGCUGCGGCCGCCGCCGCAACCGCCGCUAUGAUGCUGGAACGCGCAAACUUCUUGAAUUGCUUCAAUCCCGCCGCCUAUCCACGCAUCCAUGAGGAGAUCGUACAGAGUCGCAUGCGUCGCAAUGGGGUGUUGCCACCAGCCGGUAUGAAAAGUAAUGAGUGCUCUGCUUCAUCUGCUACCGUCGGCGGUAUGGGCGCUAUGGAAAAGUCCGCGUUGGGUUCACUCUGCAAAGCUGUCUCGCAGAUUGGUCAAACUGUGGCGGCGCCAGCUUGUUCGAGUACCUCAUCGGCGGCUAGCGCAUCCAGCAUAGCCAGUCCACCACCCGCUUCCAAUGCAUCCAGCGUGUCAUCGUCCACCUCGGCGGGCAGUUCGCUCAAUUCAUCGCCCACCAGCCGCAACUUGCCCAGCAAAAGCAGCAGUCCCCAGCCAAUACCGCCACCGUCGGCUGUGAGUCGGGAUUCCGGUAUGGAGUCGUCCGAUGACACACGAUCCGAAGCGGGCUCCACCACCACGGAAGGUGGCAAGAAUGAAGUGUGGCCCGCGUGGGUAUACUGCACGCGUUACAGCGACCGACCCAGCUCUGGUCCACGCUAUCGUCGUCCCAAACAGCCAAAGGAGAAAGGACAAACCGAUGAGAAACGGCCGCGUACCGCAUUCUCCAGCGAACAAUUGGCACGUUUGAAGCGUGAAUUCAAUGAAAAUCGUUACCUCACCGAACGUCGUCGUCAACAGCUCAGCGCCGAAUUGGGUCUGAAUGAGGCGCAAAUCAAGAUUUGGUUCCAGAAUAAGCGCGCUAAAAUCAAGAAAUCUUCAGGCUCGAAAAAUCCACUCGCACUGCAAUUGAUGGCACAAGGUCUCUACAAUCACACCACAGUGCCUUUGACGAAGGAAGAGGAGGAGCUUGAGAUGCGCAUGAACGGGCAGAUACCGUAAGCGUAUGCUGAGUGGAGAAGAGAGCUGUGAAGUUGUUAAACAACAGUUGAGGUGCUUCGUAUGCUCUGAGCUUCGGCUAAUUCAAAUGUGACGACGCGUGCAAUAAUUAGGGUAGGGAGGAACGUAAUUAACAGUUAUAAAGCGUAUAGGUGUAAAAUGUGAAGCAAAAAAUAUAAAAAUUAAAGAAAAGCAAAAUAAAAGUUUGUUAUGUGAUAUAAAUAUACACGCAAGUGUAUGAAAAAAAACAAACAAGAAAUGAGCAAACAUAAAAAAGAUUGUACAAUUGGAUGAAAAAAUUAAAAAAAAAAGUUAUUAAUUAUAAGAAACAGUAAAAAAUAAGCAAACUUUUGUAAAUAUUAGUUAUAGUUACUUCUUUAGCCGCAAUAUUCAACUCUAUAAACACAAACACCCUCACACACAGAUGCACUCCUCGCCCGCUAAAUAGUAGCACUUGCUGCUUUUUAAUCACUUGUAACAAAUUGUAAAUUAUUAUAUUUAUUAAAUUAAGUUAAGUAAAUUUUAUUAAGUAAAUAAUUAACAUACGUUUCAUUAAACCAAGUUAACCCCCCGCAAGACCCACUAAACCCCACUUUUACCUGCAAUUGUAUUAUAGCAACAUUUUGUUAUUGUCUGCUACAUAGUUUUUAAGUAAAUUAAAUUUAUUCUUGUUUUUGUUUAUAACACACAACUGUAGUAGUAUUUUUAGUAUAACUUUAG